AUGGGUGGUGUCUUAACUGUAAUAAAUGAUUGUCCAAAUAAUUUUGAGCUGGAGCAAGCAAAUAUAUUCACACCCGGUCAAGGUUUUUGUCUGCAACGCCUGGAACCGAAACACAGUUCAAGCUUUAAAUUUGAUCACAGUUUAGCUUAUGGUUCCUGGUAUGACAUCCAAAUUAUUGGUAGAUAUCACUACUCCCCCUCCGCCGCAACAACUGCAACAACAAUUGAACCUCAACGCUAUCUAAAGAAAGGAAUUUAUCUUAGCUGUGGCAAAACGAUAAGUGUCAAUGAACUGAUAAGUGACAAAAACCGAGAUCAUGGUGACACAUGGCAAUGUAGUAGUUGCAAACAGAAAAAUUUUGGCAGUUUGGCAGUAUGUGAACACUGUCAUACAAACAAAUCCCAGAUGAUUAUCACUGUUCUCUCGAAUGUCCCGAUCGUUGGUAUACCGUUUUCUCUCACAAAUGCUGUUCUUUGGUGUGGUAAAGCUGCACAAUCAAAUACAACAGCAGAUCAAGUUGAUGCUGCUCUCAGUGUAGCAUCUACAGUGUUUGACAUCGUGACAGCACCAUUUAUCAUUGGAACACUAGUCAAAAUCCUAGCGAAGGUAGCAGCAGAAACUGGUAUUGAAUUAACAGCAAAAACUGUUUUCAGUGAGGCGGGAAAGCCAUUUUUGUAUGCAGUGGGUAAAGAAUUCGAAAAAGAUGGAAUUGUAGUAACACUUAACGGCUCGAAAACUAUCGUUACAAAUAUAAUCAAGAAAAUACAUGAUCAGAACGAAAGGAACUUUUAA